AUGACGAAGCUUCAGAGCGUCUGGAAAGCUGGAAGGGAGAGCGGGCGCUUUGGGAGCGACCGCUGACUAUUUCAUUCCUGCAUCUUUACCUGCAGCGCAGCCCGGCUCGGUUCGGCUCCAACAACUUCACUAACUGUCCUGCUUCUUAGUUUCUGAGACCACCGCGGCGGCGACGCUCCCAUCAAUUCCUCCAUCUCCCUAAGUGAACUUUAUAGGGAUGUUAGAUAUCGUGCAGCAUCAUUGUGCUGAAUGUCCAUAUAGUGCCGAAGUAUCUGUAGAACGGAUAUAGAAACUGAACGUCUGGAGAGAAUCCUUUUUCUUCCACUUGUCGUACUUUUUGCCCGGUUUGACACACAACACAGAAGGGUGAGAAGCUGCGCGCGCGCGCGUGUGUGUGUGUGCGCGUGUGUGUGAGAGUGUGCAGGAGAGAGAGACAUUGCACAGUUUUUUUUUUUUUCCUUUGGAGCUACGCUUUCAUGCCGUCAGUUUUGCGCUCUUUGAGAUGGACGUAAGAUUUUAUCCAGCUCCCCCUUCCAGCGUGGGUUCAUGUACGUUACCGACUGACUCCGGGCUGGACUAUUAUCAUUCCAACAAGAACAGAUACGCUGCUGCAGACAGAGGCGUGAGGCUCUACAGUUCCCUGCCCAUGCGCCCAAACCCUGAUGGCAAGAGGCUGCCCUCUACUGGGUUUGAUGGUGAAAACAUGUACAUGAAUGAAAACAACCACGAGUUCCUCCCUCCAAACCACAGCUACACAGGCCAGACGGGCAGUGGCGGGGGAGGAGGCGGAGGAGGCGGCACCUCAAGUGGAAACGGGACUGGGGACGAAGACUAUGAGAUCCCACCAAUCACUCCACCCAACCACCCCAACCACCCCGARCCACCUCUUCUUCACCUGAUGGAGCAUGACUCUACGGGCUACCUCUGUCAUUCGCUGCCGCACAAUGGGCUGAUCAACCCAUACUCGUACACUGAGCUGCCAACGCUCAUGAUGUCGAACAUGUUGGCACAGGACAGCCACCUUGUCUCCAGUCAAAUGCCCUCGAUGCAGGAGAUGGCUUUGCACCACCACCAACAGCAACACCAUCACCAGCACCCUGACGGCGCUCAUUACGAUCCUGCCCGUAACCACCCCAUGAUAAACAGCUCACCUCCGAUACUGCCCAACCCCAUGAGCGCACUGUCUCAGCUAAACCCUCUGGUCAGCCGGAGCGCACUGCCUCAUGGUUCCCCCUCGCCUCCUGGAAGUAAAUCAGCCACACCCUCUCCUUCAAGCUCCAAUCAGGAGGAGGAGACAGAUCCUCAUUCAAAGAUUGUCUUCCAGAUGACGGGUGAGAAACGGCCAUCUUCAGAGAUGAUCAAGCCCAAGCCCAAGCCCCAAAAGAAGAAGAAGAAGAAGGACCCUAAUGAGCCGACCAAGCCGGUGUCAGCCUACGCUUUGUUCUUCAGAGACACCCAGGCAGCCAUCAAAGGACAGAAUCCAAACGCAACCUUUGGAGACGUUUCCAAGAUAGUCGCCUCCAUGUGGGACGGACUGGGAGAGGAGCAGAAACAGAGCUACAAGAGGAAAACAGAGGCUGCUAAGAAGGAGUACCUGAAAGCCCUGGCCGCCUACAGAGCCAGUCUGGUUUCCAAGACGUAUAACGACCCCGGGGAGAAUAAAACUGCCCAAACCAGCCAGGCCUCUCCACAUAUGAUGCCAACCAACUCGCUGUACAGUGUGCCACCUCCCCCACAGCCGUCUUCGCCAUACCUGGGACCCGGGGCCUUCCCUCUAACCGACCUGCAGAGCUACGCAGGCCACGCCCCACGCCACGCUCUGUCACAGACCCUCAGCCAAUCCCCAAUGCUGCCCAGCAUUAGUGCCUCCCCACCUUCCUCCUUCCAGAUCAGCCCGCCACUUCACCCCCACCAGCAGCUCUCCCUGCACCAGAGCUCGCUCCUCAACCAGCCCAUCCGCAUGCAGCAGGUCCAGUCCCAGCCAAUCAUCUCUCAUCAGAUGGGGCUACAGGCCUCUCUUCACUCCCCACCUCCAGGGCAGCAGAGUUUUUCCCACCUCCAGUCAGAGUACCAGAAGAGCAUUGGGGGUUCCCAGUCACCAGGAGCUCCUGGCUCUGGGCCCGGUCCUGGAGUGGCUCAGACCCACGAGUGGGAUGGAGAAUACUGCAAUCGGGAGUGCGGCAACCACUGCAGUGGAAGCAUGAUAGGCAGGGACAAGCCCCUCUACCUCACCUGAAACUGAAGAUUAUCCUCUGCUGACAAAUGACAACACCGAGGAGUCUAUUCUCAUCCCGCUCUGUUCUCCUCACCCAGCCCCGACCUCCUUCCUCUUACAUCAUGUGUACACUUUACAUACAGCCACACACAAACACAUUCAGAUUCCUGAAACUGUUAUCAUCRACCUGUUUAUUUUUCAUUGUUAAUGUAAUUAUUAUUUCUUGCAGUUUCUAGAGUUUGUGACCAGUUUUUUGACUAGAUGACUACUGUCUGUACCACUUAUUGUAUUAACGGUCUUCUUGCUGUUUAAAUUUGCCAAGCACUUAUAAAGUCCCUCCCCCCCUUUCCUUCUCUUCGUCCUCCUCCUCUUCUUCCUCUUCAUCCUCCUCCUCCUCCCUCCAUGCCUCCUCAGUUAUAUGUCUGAGCCCUCUCUGAUCUGGGCUGUGGAGUGCUCCUCUUGUGUGUCACCAUCAAAAAGACCCCUUAGGACUCCCAUUCAGCUUUAAGUAGAAAAAAAUAAGUGUUCCUCCUUUUUUCCACCCUAUUUUUGUAGUUUUCUUUGCUUUUGUUGGUGUUUCU